AUGGCUACCUCUCCAAACACUUCAGGGACUCUCACUCCUAAAAAGAAGGAUGAAUCGUUCCUGGAUAAAAUUGGAACAUUGGGAAGAAAGAAGAAAAUAAAGGAAGUAAGUGAAUUAGUAGAAGAAGGUAAACAUGCUAUUGAAUCUCCUACCAGUCCUACUAUUCCUGAUAUUGGACCAGAAGGCUACGUUCUGGGUGAAAAUGAAGAAAGAUCUAUUAUUGAUCCAUCUUCAAGAGAUGAACCCAAAUUGAAGGAGCUCAUCAAGAUCUUAUUAGACUGGAUUAAUGAUGAGAUGGCUGAACAGAGAAUUCUAGUAAAAGAUAUUGAGGAAGAUUUAUUUGAUGGUCAAAUUCUACAGAAAUUAAUUGAAAAACUACAAGGUAUAAAAGUUGGAGCACCAGAAGUAUCACAGUCAGAGAUUGGUCAGAAACAGAAAUUACGAGUAGUGUUAGACUAUAUCAAUAGAAUAUUAAACGUAGGGGGAGGCUGGAAUCAACAGAAGUGGAGUGUUGACAGUAUUCACUCAAAGAAUUUAGUGGCAAUACUACAUCUUUUAGUUGCCUUGGCACGACAUUUCCGAGCUCCAAUCAGGCUUCCUGAAAAUGUUCAGGUUAUUCUUAUUGUAGUUCAGAAAACAGAUAAUUUAUUACAAACGAGAAGAGUAGCUGAAGAAAUCACUGCUUAUAAUGAUGAUAUUGGUGCUAGAUUUGAACGUGAUGCUUUUGAUACUUUAUUUGACCAUGCUCCUGAUAAGUUAAAUGUUGUUAAAAAGACUUUGGUAACCUUUGUAAAUAAACAGUUAGUAAAAGUGAAUUUAGAAGUCACUGAUUUAGAUACACAGUUUCAUGAUGGAGUGUUUCUAGUUAUAAUGAUGGGAUUAUUAGAGGAAUAUUUUGUGCCAUUAUACAGCUUUCAUCUUACACCCACUAAUUUUGAUCAGAAGGUACAUAAUGUACACUUUGCUUUUGAACUGAUGCAGGAUGCUGGUCUUCCACAACCUAAAGCGAGAGUUGAAGAUGUAGUGAACCAUGAUCUGAAAUCAACUUUACGAGUCCUUUACAACAUCUUCACCAAAUACAAGGGAGUAGCUCCAGUAUCUGUAUCAGCAUAA